ACCCUUGACAACCCCCGCGCGCGGUGGCAUCUUCGCAGAAAACCUAAUCGUCCACCCCUUCUUUCCCUGUUGCGCUGCAAAGCGGCCGACGAUCGGCGACCGGCGUCCGUGCGCAAGGCUUGCCCCAACGCGGCUGCGCCUCCCAUCUCGCGGACGACAUCGACACCUCCCCCCUUCCCGCUUCGCCUGGCCGCCGGCGUGCUUCCUGGAAGAGCAAAAACCCCCAUUGAGAUAGUUGCAGUUAGACAUGUCAACAGGCCCUGGACUCGAGUCAUUGGUAGAUCAAACAAUAUCAGUCAUUACAAAUGAUGGGCGCAACAUUGUGGGAGUUUUGAGAGGCUUUGACCAGGCUACAAAUAUUAUUCUUGAUGAAUCUCAUGAGAGGGUUUACUCUACCAAGGAAGGUGUGCAGCAACUUGUCUUAGGGCUCUAUAUUAUAAGAGGCGAUAACAUAAGUGUAGUGGGAGAGUUAGAUGAAGAACUGGAUGCAAAUCUCGACUUGUCCAAACUCAGGGCGCAUCCUCUUAAACCUGUGAUACAUUAACAGAGGAAGCAUGAUCAAGACAAGAGGACGGGCUACAUGUUUGUAGGAGAAUAUUUUUCUUGUUUUAGAGCUCAACGUGAGUAUGUUGUACCACCUUCAAUAUUGAUCACAAUGCCAAUGAUCAGUACUAAAGAUUUGUGGGCUUGCUGCUUCUAAGUUAGUUCAUCUGCUUUCCUUUUUCCUCUGUUUAGCAUGUCAGGAGACCAGCAGAAUUCCUUUAAAAAUAGUAUUCAUGCUGUCCUCUUGUUUUCUCAAGGUUGGUUGAUGGAGUAUUUGCUGUGUCCAAGUCUUUCUUUAACCAUUUUGAUGGAUAAGGAGGUAAUCUUUCGAGUUCCCUGUGGUCUUAGCAGGUGCAUACGUAGAGGCUUUUAAGAUUGCUGUUAAACUGGCAUUUGUUUGUUUGUUUGUUUGCUGUGGAGGCACUUAAAAUUGAGAUAUCAUGAUCUCAUCAAUUUCAUGCCUCUUUCUCGUCUUGUCUGUCGGAAUCUAAUGGAGUGCAGGCCUUUGACUAACGCCAGCCAUGGUCUGGGUCAACCUUGGUUAAUGCGCCCUUCAGAUCUAGACGUACCACAUGUCAUGAAAGAUGCAGACAAAUAGUCAACUAACCAAAUUGCCUAUACCCACCUCUCUUUCUCUCUCUCUCUCUGUGUUUCGUUUGCUCAUCCAUCCGAAAUCAACAGGUCCUUCAAUGGAGCAUUCCACUCCCAGGGCCAUCACCUCCAUCUUAGUGGCAGCUCUCCUCUUCUCAGCUCUCCUGGUCUCUCCAUCCCACUGCAGAGAAGUCCCAGUCCACCAUCAUCCAAACACAGGCGGAGAUGGUGAGGUGAGCACACAAGGAUCUGUGAGCCUGGGCAGGGAGUCACUGCUCACGCCACCUUCUCCUACAGCCAACAUGAGCCCCCCUGGAGGACCCUCCAGGUGAGCCAUGGCAUGGAGCUUCCUUCAAGGGUCUGCUUGCUUGCAUUACUACUACUCGUUCGUCUGUUUCAGUUUCUGUCUCAAUAAGAUCUGUCGUAGAAGGCAGUGAACAUGAGUGUUAAAAUGUUUCUUGUGGAUCCGAGUAACCUUAAUCUUACUUGGAGUCUCAGUUCAAGUUCUUUA